AUGCAGAUCGAGCACGAGGAGGAGAGCCGAAUGCAGAUCGACGAUGAGGAGAGCUGCGCGCUCGGCGCCACAUCCUCGCCGCAGCCGUCGGACGCCAGCGCCACCCUCGCCACUGCGGCGCCCGCCCGAUUCGACGUGACGCCCGCCGCCGCUGAAUCUCCCGACGAGUCGCUUCCGGACCUACUUCAGCAGCACGCUGCAAAUUUGCUGCAGCAGUUGGACGCUGAGGGGGAGAUUCCAGACGGCCUCCCCGUCAAGGUUGGAAGGGACACGCCAUCGUGUAUCGAUGCCGCGCUCGAGCACGAGCGCACUAAGGAGCCGCUCGGAUCGAUCCUCCGUCGGCGCGGGUCCCUUGACAAAAACACGCGGCAUGUCACAAAGUGGCUGCCUGCGGUGCGGAGGCUGCUUGAGUGCGGCGUGCUGCAUUUUGGCCCCGUCGGACCGACUGCGGAGCAGGCUGCGCUGCGAGAGCGGUACGCCGAGCUGGUCACGCAGUCGCGCCGCGCUCUCGUAGAGGCGAAGCUGCCUCGGCGUCGCGGAAACGGCGGCGACGUCAACGGCUCGCGGCCGUUCUUGGACUGCUUCGAGCCCGCACUCACCGCCGCCGUCCGCUUUCGAGCGGGCGACGCGAGCUCCGCAGAGCAGGCGGCUGCCGACUGCGGCGUCACGAAGGGGGCGGUGCUCUUCUGGGACGAGCAGCUAGAGUGGGCGGCAGACCCGGCUAAGCGGCAGCGCGUCUUCGCAGUGCCGCAGCCCUCUCGGGACGCGGCUGGCGAGCCGAGCGGCGUCGAGGCGAGCGGCGGCGGCGAGGCGAGCGGCGGCGGCCCGCCUGCCGCUGGAGCUGGAGAUGCGGCUGGCGAGCCGAGCGGCGGCGAGGCGAGCGGCGGCGGCCCGCUUGCGGCUGGAGCUGGAGAUGCGGCUGGCGAGCCGGCCGGGCUGCGCGAUGAGGGGCAGCAGCUGCGCGAGGAGGUGCAGCGGCUGCACGCAGAGGUGCAGCGGCUGCGCGCAGAGGGGCAGCGCUCUGAGUCGCUCUCGAGCGAGCUCGAGAAGCUGCAGCUCCUCCCACGGCCAGGGCCGCCGCCCGGGCUCCCCCGCUGGAGGUUUGGGCCCGAUACCGUUUGGGACCGGCCGGUCCGGAAGCACUGCAGCGAGAUUGCCCUCGGAACGUUGGAGUUCGGCGCCGGGAUCGUGACCUUUGAGCGGGACGAGAUUCGAUGGACCUUCUCCAUGCCGGAAUCCCACUCGUCUCACUGCUUCCCGUGGCCCUCGUGGACGCUGAAGCUGAGGACUGCAAGUCUCUGCUCCGCGUCCGCGAGCGACAUCGACUUCGACCUCUCCCUGCGCGGCUUUGUGGACGUGCCGUUGGACUUGCGAGGCUACGACCUUUCCUGGGAGUUGUGCCGUUUUGCUCCCAGGACGUCGCCGACCACUUCAAUCGGCACGUCCAUCGCCGACCACUACGACCCCUUCUCCCAGCCCGGCUCGGCCAAGAGCUACAUCCGCCUCCGGUUCGACAGCAGCAACGACCGCCUCGAGGCGCUCGAGGCUGUGCCGAGGAUUCGCGAAAUUCUCCGACUAACAAUUAUGACGGACGACUGUGGCGGCUACUAUUGGGGGCCCUUCCACCCGCGCGCGCAAGAUGAGCCGUGGAUGGCCGCAGAGCGAGAGAGGCGCGGACGGAGAGACGAGCGGUACGACCCGGCAGCGGUAGCGCGUUUGUGGGAGGAGGGCGAGAGGGCCAGAGAGGAAGCGGGAGAGGCAAGCGCAGCCGCGGCGUCGCGGCCCGCAGCGUCACCGCGGCAGGGCGCGGAGCCGGAGAGGCAAGCGCUGUCGGCCUUCUUCGACUAUCCGGCAGCGCAAGCUCUCGCCGGCUGUCAGGCCUCGUGGAACCCAGCUGGGGUCUAG